AUGGAAUUAGAAGAUCGAAAGCUAAGAAUUGAGGAUGCAAAAAAUGCCACGUAUGUAGCCAUGGAUGAGGGUAUUGUGCCUGGUGGUGGGGACACUUAUAUUCAUAUUCUUGAGGAAAUUCCCUCCAUUAAAAAGUUAAUGGAAGAUCCAGAUGAAGAAAGUGGUGUCAACAUCAUAGCAUCUACCUUGCCAACUCAAAUGCCCUGCAGAUUGCUGGAAAUGCUGAUCCAGGUGGUAUUUGACUCCAUGCACGAGAGGUUGCGUACACAUGCUGAAUCUGUUGCUUCCUUUGGAGGUGGUGCUCGAGAGAAAGCCAUGAUUGAGUCAAGAUUUAAUGAGCUUCUUGCUCAUGCUAAAAUACUUCUGAGGAAGAAAUGGUUAUUUGGAGUACUGGAUGACUUUGUCACCAAACAACUACCCCACAAUGUUACCUCAGGAUUGCGCUUGUUAUAUGCUAUAGUGCACAAAGCUGAUCGUUCAUUGACUUCCACUCAAGGUGAGCUUGCACAUGCAUUGCGGUUUUUGGCAUCAGUUGUAUCUCAAAGCUUCUUGGUCUUUGGUGACAUCUUGGAGCUGCAUAGAAAGUUCAUUGAACUGUCUGGUCGUGUUAAUUGGAUUUUUGAACUUGAGCAACUUCUUGAUGCUGCACAAUCUGAUGAAAAUGUUGGUGCUUCAUCAAAGUCCAAUGAGGAACUUGAGGAUGUUAUCUCUCUUUUGGAGGUUGAUAUUAUCACGCCAACACAUAAUUUAUUAGCCAGAAAGCUGACUUGCGAGAUAGUACCAGGGAAAAGCCUUCUUCUUCCCGUCAGGUUCUUUUAUCUUUUAUCCCCCGCUUUAGUAGCCAUCUUUGGAAAGCCCUUGUUCUCAAAACAAAACAGGAUAUGGACAUCCAAGAUAGAGAACUAG